AAGUCUCAUUCAAUGCAAAUCAAGUGAGAGAUUAUCGGUUACCAUGUGACCUGAAACACUUUGAGAAAGAUCUAACACCUGCUAUGGGGAAUUACAAACAAAUUAUACGACGAUACAGUGACUCGGCAAACAAACGCAAGGAAUUAUUCAACGCGUCAAAACUCCAUGUAUUUGGAGUUUAUCUAGUCUUCUGAGGCAAUACUUGGAAGCUUCCAAAACUCGUGGAUAGAAUUCAGUAUUUUUUCGCCGGGUAAUAAUAAGCAAUGGAGACUUGCUUGAAUUUCGAGGACUGAUAAUUUAGUACGGUUUAAGUUCGUGGCCUGCUGCAAAGUGUUAUCUUCGAUGGAAAGAUUAUUUGGAGUUCAACCGGAGAAGCAAAGAUUUUCGGCGUGCUAUCAUUGAGAUUAUAGAAAUUUAGAAACAUAAGUAUUGCGAGGCCUUAAUCAUGAAUUCCAAUCGAAGGAUUGUCUUUUUCGUCGAAUGGGAUACAGAUUUCGUCAGUUUUAUCAAGGGAAUUACUUUGUCGCCAUCGCUACGAGGCAUAAUUGUUUUACACAUCUUCUACAGACAAGACAUUUCGACGAAAUUUCUUCCAAAGUACAAGCCCUGGCUUUUUAAGCAUCCUGCUGCUUCAGAACGGGAAGAUUCCGUGUGGAAUUUGUUGGAGUCGUAUGUGAAGAGAUUUAACUUCGAAGCAAACUAUUCGUUGUCGACACCUCGCGAAAAAAGGAGGCCGAGAACCGCAGAAACCAUAGCAAAUUUGGGUAGUCGAGAUGGUUCCGAUACAUUCGUCAGAGAUGCUUUUCCCAAUCAAGCGUACUACGUGAUCUCAAAAUCAACAGAAAGCUACAAAAAGUUGGCUGAAACUGUUUAUCAAUUGCAACAAGUCAAGCUAGAAUGCGUGGAAUUUUCCACAACAACAACAUUGCUAGAUUUUCUUCAAUUUAAAUGUCCCUACUGUAGGAUUGCUUUCACCGAAAAGAAGGAGCUGGACAUUCACGACAGAGAGAGGCAUGGAUUUGUUUGCCCAAAUCUGGAAUGCAAAUUUAACAAAAAGGAAAACUCUUUUCGCGAAGAAACCGAAUUAAAAGAACACAUCAAGAAUCAACUUCGAUGCUCUUUCUGCCCCACAAAGGUGUUCUGUUCCUCGGAUGUACUAGAACUUCAUAAGCGAAGCUCGCACAAAAAGUGUUCCUGUCCUUGUGGGAAAUAUUAUGGCGAGCGACUGUCAUAUUUGGAUCAUUUCUUCGCGGUGUAUCCUUCGCCUUCUUCAAUUACUUCGUCGUCUCCAGCUGGUGGAAUACAUACGAAGGGAGAGUUGGUAAAUAAUCGCGGUCAUUCUCAUGUCGGGAGUAGCCGUAAGAACGCAGUUGAUAAACAAAAAAUCAAUUUGUCUGAAAAUUCGACUGUGUCAUGACGUGUCAACAAGCCAGACGCCUAACAAGUCGGAUACUUGAAGCUCAGGCUGAUGUGAGGAAAGCUUUGUGCAUGAUGGAAAGUGACACAACUGAGUGAAUGCAAAUUUAUGAGGUCAGUUACGAACUACAAAGGAAAAUGACCUAAAUCACCUUAAUUUUCAGUCAUGUUUUGAUGUUUGGGGCUUGUUGAGCGCAAGAACUACUACUGCAUAUCUUGUCGUACAAUGCAAUGCAAAUACAUUUUCUUUCUGUAUCCGAAGCGUAAGAAAGCGGAAGAAAUUUGAGUGAUAAAACGACAAGGCUGGAUUGGAAACCCAAAUACGAAACAUUGGACCAGCGGCAAGGACUGCCAAGCUUUGGAAAACCUUGAGAAGCCCUUAACCUUUAACGGGAUAUGAGGCCCUUUAAUUUCUAAGACGUGAUUACACAAAUACUCUUUCCUAGCUGUCAUACAUUUUUUUUUUGUAAAUUAGGGCUUUUCCGCACUAGCGGACAAUACUAAAAUUGUCCCGACAAAAUCAAAGGACAAGUUUUGUCGUCCAAAAAAAAAAAUGUUUCCUCUUUUGCAUCCGUACCCUGGCACCAGAGGUUUCUCUUUUUCUCUCCUUUUUCUCCCUGUUUACAAUCCUUUCGAGCUGCGAAGCAGCGAGAUCGCCGAGCUGCGUAUCUCCGAGAAAAAGAGACGCUGCUACGCAGCUCGGCCAAUCUCGCUGCUUCGCAGCGCGAAAGGAUUGUAAACAGGGAGAAAAAGAGAAACCUCUGGAGCCAGGGUAUUGCAUCCGCAUUAAAAAUUUUACAUCAGUCAGCGCCUGAUGUGCUCAAAGGACCGGCCAACAUAUAGUUUGCCAAAGGACACCAACUCUAAUUUAGAGGAUUCAUCCGAAGUCGUAUUAAAGUUUUAAAAACCUCGAGUUUCGCAACAAAAGACAAUUAUUUGCCAUCUCGUAAAAUGAGAGAGUUUACGUUUAAUUGACUCAGUUCAAUGCUGGUCACGGUAGCUUUUAUGAUAAAUGAUCGACAAGUUUAUUACGUUUUUGUCUUGGCCCGGUUCAGACGCCGUACGUCAGCCGAGCCGAAUCGAAGAACGGCGUCUGAAUCAAUUCGGAACGGCUGAUUUAAAUUUAGAUCGGCUCGGUCAAUUAAUCCCGCCUCGGGGAGAACGGCUGUAGACCGGCUUUGAUUCAGACGCCGUAUUCCGCAUGAGCCGAAUCAAAUGCAUAAAUUAUUUUAAUGUAUUCUUCUUGCCGUUUUUACAUGUGAGCAUAAGUGUUGCAGAAGAAAAAUGGCAGCUUGAAGAGCCGAGCAAAACGAUGCUGACAGAUAUUCUUCGCUCUGUCUAGUCGGUUCUUUGGGCAUUAUGUAGUUGUCUUUUGUGUAUCGCUCGUAAUAAGCGACGCUUUUACCAGCAGGGUAAUCUUUGUUUUUUUUCAAAAAUUGAACGUUUAUUGCAUAUUGGAAUUUCACAUUCAAAGCAAGUAUAUUUGGUCGCGCCGAAACACUUACUGAUCAACUGCCGGACUUUAUAUAGGUACUUCUUUAAAGAAGUGACCAAAUAAAAUACUUAAAACUUCGUUAAAAAACUUGCGUUCUUUAUAACACUAAUCAAAUUUGUUACUUUAAACUGCGCCUGCCACGGUCACGAAAUUUCUUCAAUUAACUCGGCUGAAGUACGGCGUCUGAACUGGGCCUUAGUCGAUUUUGUCCCGUUUUAACCCGGGAGAAAUCUUGUCUGCGGUCCGUUCGAAGAUUCGUCCACUUCGUCCAAAAUUUGUCAAGUCGCAGCAGACCACGCCAUUUGCAAAAUGUUGGUGAUGAGAAAACAUUUGUCUCAAUAAACAACCUUUUCGUUAGUGUGGAAAGACCCUAAGUUGGGAGAAGUUCGAUGCGAUAUCAAGCAAGGCCGAAGAACAAAUCUCGUUAUGUAGAUCAAGAGAACGCCCUCUCGGUGGUGAUAAGAAAUUUGCUCGCGGGACUUCCGAUGGUCAACGAGCUAAAUGAAACAGAUUUUGAAAGGUUUCUGAUGAGCCUCUUGGUCGAGACGAAACGGCGCAAUGUUAUACCAACCGUAUGAAGUAUUCUUUAAAAGUAUUUGACAUUCACCCUCCAAAAGUCCAAUGAAAAGACAUAAAAAACAAACUCCUGGUAAGUCAGUGCUUUUCGGUUGUGGAGUUUACUUUACUGAUCCUAGCUUUUCAGUUUCUUCCAAUAUUUUUUACAAGUGAAAGGCAUCACUCUCGCUGGAGAUUAAGAGAUGUGAUUCAGUAAAAAGAAUGUAAUAACUGUCCGCAAAAUUUUCCGUUCCCUUUAUUGCUGGUCAAUGAACUGAUGUAUUUAGAAAAGUCGCUAAGGUAACUGAAUUUACCGGUAGAAAUUUUGGAGACCUCGAGCUGCAGAAAGAAAAACUUUUCCAAAAACGCAGAAAAAUCGCCAGUCCAGAAAUGGUUAAAGGAUAAUGAAUAAAUAGAAAUACUAAAAAAAGGUCAAUAAGAUAUAGAUAAGUAUAACCACAGGUGCGUGGUAACCAUGGUAACCGGAUUUUUCUGUCUUUGUCCCAAAUUACUUUCAUGAGAGAGGUAGAUCGGAACUUGGGAGAACCCUUGUUCGAUUCAUGACUUGUUCGGAUUAAAUUGGAUCAACCAUGAUCACAUUUUUCUUUGAGUUCCACGCCCUUUGGGCCAGAAUCAUCCAAACAAAACCAUGAGAAGCGUUCUUAAAUUCAAGAAAAAAGCCCGGGCAGAUAACAUUUUCGGCUUAUUGAGAUAAAACUUAAACCUCAAGUCCUCUUUGAAUGGAAUAAACGUAACGUUGUCAAUUUUGA